AUGGUUGCUUCCGAAGGAUUAUCAUCUUCACUUGAAGGCGCAUCAUCAUCAACAUCAUCAUCAUCAUCAUCUGGAGCAGCAAUAGCAGCGGCAGCAUCAAUACACAGCACAAACACUAACAGGGUGAGUACAGAAACCAGUGCUACUGCCGCGACAAAUUCAUCACAAUCAAAGAUGAGUUCUCGUACAAAAGUCAACGAAUUCAAUGAUGGUCGAGUAACUCCGUCUUACUCAUGGAAGGAAAGUUGGAAUGAUUGGUUUAAACAUAGCUUCAGUUCCAACUACACCGAUGCAAAAGUCGAGUCGCGUCUUUUGAACCAGAUCAAAUUCAAAGAAAAUGUUGUUACAUCCAUUAUUGAUACCGAUAUUGGCAAUGGCAAUUAUAUACACGAAUUUUACAUCCAGAACAAGUCAAAAGAUACCAACGCCAAAUCUGCUGCAUCGUCGUCUCCAUGCAAAGAAAUUGUCCUAAUCCAUGGAUAUGCAGCAUCAUUAGGUUUGUUCAUUGAUAACUUUGAAUUGUUAAGUCGCGUGCCGGGAGUCAAGAUCCAUGCAAUUGAUAUGCUUGGAUUUGGAUUGAGUUCCAGACCCAAAUUUCCACUGUUUCCAUCCGAUACUAAGGAAGAUAUAUAUAAGGUAGAGGAUUGGUUUAUUGAUUCGAUCGAGUCAUGGAGAAAGAAACGAGGGAUUGACAAAUUUGUCCUUGUUGGCCAUUCAUUUGGAGGAUACUUGAGCUGUGCAUACGCAAUGAAAUACAAUAAUCAUAAGGAUCAGCAACAAAAUGUCCUUGACAAAUUGGUUCUCGUUAGUCCUGUGGGAGUAGAGAGAAGCAAGUUUUCCUUACUCGAUGACAAGACAACAGUACCGCAAAUUUCUAUUGAAGAAGAGCUUGAUGCUAAUCAAGAAGACAUUGUGCAUGGCCUGAAAAAAGAGUCAUCGUCUUCAAACUCCUCACCAAGACACAAUGUCGAGGAAACUGAUUCGCAGGUUCCUGUGCCAUCAAGAAGAAGAAAAUUGUUCAACUACAUGUGGCAGCACAACUAUUCACCUUUCUCCAUAGUUCGUAAUGCUGGCCCAGUAAAGAGCAAGAUGAUUUCGCGUUGGACUACUCAUAGAUUUGCUCACACAUAUUUUCAAAACAAAGAGAACUUUCAAAACAUGCAUGAUUAUAUAUAUAGAGUGUUUAACGGUGCAGGGUCAGGUGAGUAUGCCAUUACACGUGUUUUAGCAGUUGGUGCAUUGGCCAAACUACCAUUGAUUGAUCGUGUGCCUCAAAGAUUUGUUGAAAUGAAAUUACCCACGUUGUGGAUGUAUGGAGAUAAGGAUUGGAUGAAUGAAGUGGCUGGAGAAGAAACAGUGAAGGAAAUCAACGAAUUGUCUGUGAAACACGGAGGAGGCAAGCUUGCACAGUUUGACAUCAUCAAGAAUGCCGGUCAUCAUUUAUACCUCGAUAAUCCACCUGAUUUCACAAAGACAUUGUACAAAUUUUUGGGAUACACUUAA